AUGAGUUUAUAUUUGACCUCACCCCCUCGGGGCCCAUUUUGCGGUGUUUCUGAAGACCCUCACGGAGGUUAUGGCUGGCAGCCCAUUGAAGGGGGUGGUAAUGGCACAAUAUAUGUGGGAGGAGGGUUUGGUGGCAACAAAAACGAAGAUGAAGAAGAUGAGGAGGAGGAUGAAGACGACGAAGAAGAUGAAGAAGAUGAGGAGGAGGAUAAAGACGACGAAGAAGAUGAAGAAGAUGAGGAGGAGGAUGAAGAUGAGGAUGAAGACGACGAAGAUGAUGAUGACGAUGAUGAGGAUGAGGAUGAAGAUGAGGAUGAAGAGGACGAAGAUGAUGAUGAGGAUGAGGAGGAGGAUGAAGAUGAGGAUGAAGAGGACGAAGAUGAUGAUGACGAUGAUGAGGAUGGGGAUGAGGAAGAAGAGAAUGAGGAUGGUGGCGAUGAAAAAAAAGAAUUGGCAAAUGACAUUUAA